GCGCGAUAUUUUAUUGCAAUCGACACAUUGGAUGAUCGCACAAUCGAUCGGUAAAGUUUUCGAAAGUGCUGCUUGCUUCGACAGUAAUGGCCGGAAUCGAAUCCCAAGCGAUCAUGAUUUGCAAAUGUACAGGUAAUGGGCCUCAAAAAAGUGACCAACCGUCGUGCAGCAAAGACUACUCAACAAAGUGAACAAGACAACUAGGUUAAGAAUCGACAGAAAAGUAAGAAUCUGCAACAAACAUAUCGAAUCACUGCAAAUGACUAUGAAGAGACUGACCGUGAACCGCGAAAGGAGUGAAAUUAAACUGAAAUUAAUGCAAAUGCCACGGCGAACUUCGAUAGCAAUAGAACAACUGGGCGAGGAAGAGUUACUCCAGUGUGGCGAUCGCCCGGGAAGAAUCUCCUCCGUGGAAUCCGGCCAUCCGGCAAUAAGGUGUUGGAUUGGUUUUCUGAACGCCCGACGGGAAUGUGGUGUGGUGGCGUCCGUAUGGCGCUGAUUGUUGUCGUGUGCGGUCAGUUUUGUUGGCCUUACCGAACGUCCGACCUCUACCCUGCCUACCUGUAUGGGUAGUCCCUGCUCGGCUUCUUCACCACGCGACACUGAGCGCGCCAGGGGCACGAUCGUUGGAGCUAAUAAUUCAAUUAGACAUAAUUGUUGAUCGACUCGAUUGGCCACCACCCUGGCCGAGGUUGGCGCGCCGGCGCGAGUGGCAGUAGGUGACAGCGAUUGAUCGCGCGGCCGCUUGGACCCGCGGUAGCCCCGAGCGAUCGAGAGAUGCUGAUGCAUCUUGCGACGGUGGCCACACUUGGUUCAGUACCGUACCGAAGGUGUACCCGGUGUGAUCGGUUGAGACGGCAGACGGUCGAGAAUGAUCCGUGGCGUCGGCAUGCCGUUAUCGGCACGUGCUCAGUGGUGUUUUGUAAUCUGUUUGCUUGCCACUUGCUGCUACCACCUCCAACUGGCGGACGGUGGCAACUCCUCCACGGCCGUCAGUCGUCCAACGAAAGCCCCCAAACCAAGUUUACCCGACACGGAGGACGAUCUGAACUGUACGGAUGUCGACAUACGGAACGAUCUGCGACGGCUGUGGUUGAUCGAAAACUGUACCGUCAUCAAUGGCUACUUCCAUAUGGUGCUGAUCGAGAAGGUCCCCAGCACGGAGUUUGACAAAUACGUGUUUAAAAAUCUAAGGGAGGUCACGGGACACAUGCUCUUCUUUCGCGUCAUCAACCUCGUCUCGCUGCGCCAGAUGUUCCCGAAUCUGAUGGUGAUCCGUGGCCAGCAGCUACUAGGACCGUACGCCCUGGUGUUCUACUACAUGACCAACAUGGUCGAGAUUGGUUUGAAAAGUUUGGUCGCCAUCCAACGGGGUGCCGUCUUCUCGCUCCACUGCCCGAUGCUGUGCCAUUUGGAUACGAUCGAUUGGUCCGAGAUCGGUGGCCUGGCGAACGGGACGAAGAUGGCCAACUCGUUCGAAACGCCGAAAACGGCGUGCAACAAGGCGGAGGUGUGCCGUGGCUGUCCGCGCCCCUUCUGCUGGGGAAGCGAAAGCUGCCAGCGGUUCUACGAUGGUUACAAUUUCAGCCGACAAAUCAAAUGCCAUCCGGAGUGUCUGGGAGGGUGCACCGGAACCGCGGCCACCGAUUGCCGUGUGUGUCGAGGAUGGAAGGAGGACAACCGCUGUGUGCACGAGUGUUCCGCCGAACGGUUCCGCUUUCGGCUGACGAAUCGGUGCAUUACGCACGCCAGCUGCCUCCAGCGCAAUGGGUUUCUGCACGAGGACGAGUGUGUGCUCGAGUGUCCCGCCGGCUACAGUGAAACGAACGUGAACGAGGAGCUGGCCGAUUUCAGCGUUCGCCGGUGCUACCAGUGUCAACCGAGCUGCCCGAAGGUGUGUGACGGAGCGGAGAUCAUGUACCUGUCGGACGCGGAGCGGCUGCGCGGCUGCACGAUCAUCAACGGCACGCUCCACAUCCGCCUGAGCGAGGACCACCCGAACCUGAUGCAGGAGCUGCAAAUCGGACUGGGUGCGAUCGAGGAGAUCAUGGGCAUCCUGAAGGUGUUCCGGUCGAGUUACAUCGCCUCGCUCGACUUUCUCACCAACCUGCAGAUCAUUCACGGGCUCUACACGACGGACAACUCGAACUUUUCGCUGAUGGUGUACGAAAACAGCAACCUGCAGCGGCUGUGGAACGUGGACGAAAAGCGCACCCUGAAGAUCGUGUCGCGCGGCAUGUACUUCCGAAACAAUCCGAUGCUGUGCAACGGGCCGAUCGCUGGGUUGCGCGCCGUCACCGAGUACGAUCAAACGAACGAUACGAUCGACUGGGGCUCGAACGGGUACCUGCAGGCGUGUCUGGUGAAGCCCUUCAUGGCCCGGGCCGCCGUCCUGUCCAGUCGCAAUGUAACCAUCUUCUGGUCCAAGUAUCAGGCAGGCAGCCCGCAGCCACCGGUGGCCGCCCCUCAUCAGCAGCACGCACUGCUCGGGUAUCUGAUAUACUACAUUCGCUCGAACGCCAACAAAACGUCGCCGUACGAGGGCCGUGGCGAUGUUUGCUCCAAGUUUGGGUGGCGAUCGCGCUACGUUGCGCUCGAGAAUGCCACUCUGAUCGGGGCGCACUACGCGUACAAUCUGACCCGCCUUCGGCCGUUCACGCGCUACGCGUUCUACGUUCGGACGUACUUUAACGAGUCGAUCAACAGUGCCACCGACGAGGUGGGCCUGUCGGAUGUGCACGAGUUUACGACGAAGAAAGAUCGCCCCACGUCACCGUUGCGGGUGCGCACGGUGCGCAAAUCCGACAGUACGAUCACCCUCGGCUGGCAGCUGUUGCCGUCGGAACGGGAGAUGGUGACCACGUACCACGUGGACGUUUUCAUACAGCCCGACGAUCGGGCACGGCUCGAUCAGCGAAACUACUGCACGCACCCACUGGAACCGGUUGCGGUCGAGCUGAGCGAGCCGGCGAGUGUGACGCUCUGUAGCAAGGAGUUUUGCUGCGAGCUGGAAGAGCUCGAAGAGGACGACGACGAGGGCGGUGAGGGCGAGGACGAGGAAGAAGAGGACGAGAUAACGGAUGAGGACGAGUUUUUCAACGAGAAUCCUCAGGUGGACGAGAGUGGUCGUAAUUGGGGCCGGCGUAAGAAACGAUCGCUGCAUCCGCAGGUGGCUGGAACGCACGGAACGUGGAAGACCACCAGGAACCGUAGGCACGGUGGGUUCGAGAAGAUGAUGCUUAACAUUCAGCGCCGUGCUUCGAGGGCCCAGGGUCCAGUACCGCGAGCCCAUCACCGAGCGGUUCGCAACGCCAAAGUGAACCCGGAAGAGGAGUUUGUCAAUCGUAUCUACAGCCAAAGUUUCACGGCCCCGAAUAACGAGUUCAUGGUGACCGGACUGCAACCGUUUCGGCACUACAUUUUCCAGCUCUUCGCCUGCACCACCGAAAACGGGGCCACGCUGUGCAGUUCAUACAGUUUGCACUCUGACCGGACGGCCGCCUCGCCACACUACGACCAGCUGGUGGUGAACAUCCUGGCGGACGCUUCGGUUGCCCUCAAUCAAAGCGAUGUCGGCUCGUUCGUGAUUCGGGGCCCAGAGAUUGUGAUGCACUUUGAGGAACCGAUCGACUCGAACGGACUGACGGUGGCGUACUACGUGGAGAUGAAAUCGGUCAACGAGUCGCUUGGUGCCGGCCAGCAUUGGGACUGCAUCACGCGAUUGGAGCACGAGCUCCGCCAGCACCGGUACGCGUUCAGAAACGUAACCCCGGGUGAGUAUCUACUGCGGGCCCAAACGAUGUCGCUGGCCGGUGCUGGACCACCGUCGGAGUGGAUGUUUGCGCGCGUGUUAGCAGUAGAAGUUCCAGAACGCGACCGUGGCACCACCACUGGCCUAAGGGACGGGUUGAUUGCGUUCGGUGUUCUGCUGGUGAUCGGGAUCGCUGCAGCCGGUGCGUUCUUCUGGUGGCAACGGAAACGGUCAAGGGGUGCGCAAGACGAUAAAAUUCCGCUCGCGGUGAACGACGGCAAUCAGGUGAACCUGGACGAUGGGUUCGUGAACUGUUCCUUGAAAUAA